UAAGAUCGAUUACCGUAUUAAAAUAUAAUGUCUUGAUUAAACUUAAUGUCAAUAAUAAUGGUUGAGAUAGUAUUCAUUAUCAUGCAAUUUUUUAAAAAAAUAAAAAAUUAAAAAUUAAGAAUUCUUAAUGAUAUACUCCGUAGUUGAUACAAAGUCGCUAUAUUUUCAAUUUGUAUUUCAAAGACUAAUUGAAUGAAUCAAUGAAGAUUUCUUUGUUAAUUACGAGUAUAUUGUAUAGAUCAUUUAUGUGUUAACAUUAAUGAUAUAUUACUCCCACCAUGCUCCGAAAAUAUUCAGUGUUCGAUCUAAUUAAACGACUAUAUAUAUGUCUCGAUCAUCUUCCUAUUUUCAUUGCAACAUAACAAUCAUCCUCCAUUUCAAACUUAAACCGCAAAAUGGCAAAAUCAUCGGUGGUACCAUGGUCCUUUAAGCUUGAAAAAGGUGAAAAGAUCACGAAAAUUUUGGUUAUUCAUGACUUCGUUGUUGAAGGAAUUGGGUUCGAAAUAACUAAGGAUGGGAAAGUAAUUAAAACUAACUGGUAUGAAGGCACCGGCGCCAAGUCACAUACUAGUACUACUUCCGAGGUUCCGUUAUUGGAUGGCGAUAAUCUAACCCACAUAAGCGGAACAUACGGGUAUCACUUAGGGGAGGUAUGCAUCACAACAAUGACGAUACAUACCGAUUUAUUCCCAGAGGGGCAUGGACAAUAUUGUGAUUCAAAGGAGCCUAGCGAAGUAACCCCUUUCUCAUCUCCACUUCCAAUUGAUGGUUCUAUUGAUGGAUUUUUCGGAUGUACUGAAACGUUUUUAGGUUCGAUUGGAAUUUAUGCAUCGGGCAAAAAGAUCACAAAAUAUGGGCCAUAUGGUGACAAGGAGAGUAAAUUAAACUGGUACAUUAAGCUUAAAGAAGGUGAUAUGAUUUCCAGCAUAACAAUCUGGCAUGCAUAUGUUGUUGAUGGAAUUGGGUUCGAAGUCAAAAAUAUUAUAAGUGGAAAAAUCUACAGCCAAGAGUUUCAUGGUCCUGAAGAGAAAUUUAACACGAUUACAUUUGACGAACACGAAAAGAUAACAAAAGUAACCGGGAGUUUCGGAAAUUAUCAUGACAAGGGGAUCAAAAUCGCUACGAUAAAGAUCUAUACCGAUUCACGUCCAAAGGGAAUUGGAUAUGGUAGUGAAGCUGAUUUCGAUGCUAAUACUAUUGAGAAAUUCGAAUAUCAUGUGACACCAAAGAGUUCUCUUGUUAGGUUUUAUGGAUCCUAUGGAAUGUUUCUUAAUUCAAUUGGAUUUGGUGAAGAGUUCGCUGAGGAACACAACUAUGGGCCAUAUGGACGUAUUAUAUAAUCUGCUCAUGCUCAUGCUCGAUCGGCUAGAUCAAAACGAUGCGUCCCAAUACCAAAAGAGUCAUCCUUUAUUUUAAUAAUUUCCUAUUUAUUUUUUUAUGUGUGUUUUUUUCCAAUAAAACUUUUUAUUAAAAGUUUAAUUUAAGCUCAAUGUACGGUUGUGUUGUCAUGUGUAUUACCUUUUUUUUCUUAAUUUUUUUUAUUUAUGCAAGAGAGGGGCAAGUGUAGAGCCCCAUGCAUGUAUUUCCUUUUUGUUGAUUAUUAGUACUCCGUUUCUAUGAA